CGAGCGAGCUGCAGGCAUGGCUACACCGGGGCUAUCAGCUGUGAAACCAGGCAGGAGUUGGGGGCCGGGGAGAGGCAGAGGACAAGGCGGACCGGGAAGAGCGGGCGUGAAAGGAAUGGUGGCUGAGGGAUCUGGGGUCCCACCAUCUCUAGGAGGUCCAAAUAACAAAAAGUCUAAACGGAAAUGGGUGCACCCGGAUCGGAAAGCCUUCCCGGGCAGCGCAAAGGAAGGACAUGGAUUUGCACUGUGGAGAAAACAAAAGGUUCAGCUGGAGUAUAAAAAACUGUUAAGAAAGCAAAGGAAGGUCAGCGUUGCUAAAGAUGAUAUUUACACUGACAAGUACCCAGAACAUUUAAAGCAUCUUUACUUGGCAGAAGAAGAGAUGUUAAAAAAGCAAGAACAAAGGAAAAGACCAGAAAAUAGCACAGAGGAAGCAGCAGAUGAGGAAACACCUAAAACACCUACUAAGAAGUUCAAAAAGAAAACCUCAAACCAAAAAGCAAAAGAAGAGUAUGAGAACGUUCAGAAAGAGCGUGCAAAGAAAAGAGAGGAAGCUGAGAAGAGACGGAAAGAAAGGGAAGAGGCCCAGGAGCUUUACAAGAAAAAGAAAAUAGAAUCCUAUAAAAUAUUAAGUGCAAAAACAAAGAAAGGACAGCCAAACUUUAACCUCCAAAUGGAACACCUACUUCAAAAGAUUCAGCAAAAAUCCUAACAAGCGUUUCAAUCUGCAGUGACUGGUGCAUCGUCAUUGAUGCGUUGUAAUGUUUCCUCUCAUUAGAGGUUGCACCCUGUAUGGUGGUGUUUUUGUUUUGUAAUAUUAAAAUAUAAUUGUAUUUUUAAAAUCGUAACUUUUUACUAUAUGUUUGUU